AUGAACGAACGGGAUGGAGAUACCCCACGCGCGCCCUGGUCAUCUUCUCUCUUCCCGCUCUCCCCUCUCAACCUCUCCACACUAGGAUGCUGCUGGGCGUUCUCUGCGGCAGCGACGGUGGAGAGCCUGCACAAAAUAAAGGGCGGGGAGCUGGUCGACCUGUCCGUGCAGGAGCUCUUGGACUGCGUCUCGGCGGACCCAUUCCGGUCACCGUGCAAGAGCGGCUCUCCGGACGGCGCCCUCAACUGGAUCAAAUCCAAGGGCGGCCUGGUCACCGCCGCCGAGUACCCGUACGUGGCCGCGCGAGGGAAGUGCACCACGCCCGCCGGCGCCCGCCGCAUCGGAAAGGUCACUGGCGUCCGUUUCGUGGAGCUGAUGAGCGAGCCGGCGCUGGCGGUGGCCGUGCUACAGACGCCGGUGGCCGUGCGGAUCGAUGCGAGCGGGGCUGUCAUACAGAGCUACAAGUCCGGGAUUUACAAGGGUCCGUGCAGCAUCAGCCACAACCACUCAGUGACACUGGUUGGCUACGGGGUCACCGACGCCGGAGAAGAGUACUGGAUUCUGAAGAACUCGUGGGGGCAGGAGUGGGGGCAGAAUGGCUUCUUCUUCAUGCGUAAGGGAGCUGACGGGAGGGACGGCCUCUGUGGCAUCGCUUUGUUCGGAGUCUACCCAAUCAUGGACUAGUGAUUAGGGUAUGUCU